AGACGCCCCGUAUCAAAAUCUUCAACGAUAACACGGUCCAACAUAUUGGUCCCAACAAGUAAAACCCCGGCUUUACUAUCUAUCUCUUUACUUUAGCCCGCUGCGUUGUGUUUUUUUUUUUCGUUUGUUUACGGCUCCGCUGUCAUCCUACCUACGAAGGGGUUCUCGCCCAGCCGAAAGGUAUGGUCUUCCUUACCUAGGUAGAGGUCCUAUGGCGUGGGAAACCCUGGAAUCGUACUUUUUUUCCUUUCUUUUUCUUUUCCCCCUGCUUUACGAUGCGAGUGUUUCUGCAUGAUGGUUCACGUCUGGCCGUGGACCUCAUUGCAGAGCUAUAUAUAUAUUUAUUCCCUCUUUCAACACUGCUUUCGUUUUGUAAACUAUUCCUAACCAUUGCCUGUCAGGGGAAUGGGUCUUAUAUAUAUAUUCCGUGGAGUACUUUUGCCCUCACGUAUGUGGGCUUGUGCUCUUAUUCCACUUCCCUCCAUUUACGAAAGGAGAACCUCCUUGUCUCAGUGCGCUACCCCAUAUUGUGUUCCGUAAAGUCAUGCUGGUCUCGCCCCUGGGAACACAGUCGCAAUUACUCCUUGGCUUGGAAUGGAUGUCUUUGGCGACGGCAAGCAGGAAAUAUCAGAACACUUUUGUUGUUAUCUGGGCAAGUAGCUAGCACAUUUGUCAAGCUAUCCUUGAUGAUUCGGAGAGUAAACACCGUCCAACCGUCCAACCGUCCAAGAAACCCAAGACGCCACCCUUGAGAAAGCAGGAAAAAAAAAAAAAAAAAAAAAA